AUGAAGAGAAUUCGAGUCGGCCUGCUGCAUCUGGCUCCGAAGACUAGCGACAUUGCCGGCAACCGAGCCUUGGUUGAAAGAGGGACACGGGUUGCCGCAGAAGCUGGCGCAUCCUGGAUUGUUACGCCAGAGCUGUGUAUUCCCGGCUACAUGUUCAUGAAGCAGAUUGGCACCGACUGGAUCCUCUCGCAACCAGAUCACUGGAUGCAGUCUUAUUGCCAACUGGUGAAGCAACUGGGAGUGAUGGCCUUCCUGUCUCACCCCGAGCGAGAUCCAAACACGGACCAGCUUUUUAAUACAUCCUUCGUUAUCAACCCGGUCGGCCAAAUAAUCGGCAAACAUAGCAAGAUCAAGGCUUUGAGGGGGGCUGAGGGCUGGUCAACGGCGGGAACCGAAAUUCAGCCCAUAGAAUGCGACGACGUAAAAGUGGGAAUUCUGAUCUGCGCCGACGCAUACAAGAACGAGGUGGCCAAGGCGUUAAAGGACAGAGGGGCCCAGAUCUAUGUUUCUCCGGUCUCAUGGGGGCCGGGGCAAUGCGCCCCAGACGGUGAGUGGGAACAGCGCUCCGCAGAUAACGGAGUACCUAUCAUUGUCUGCAACCGCUCCGGGCAGGAGGACGAAGAGCUGGACUAUCGCAAAGCCGAAAGCGUGGUGGCGAAAGACGGCAAACGGUUGCUGGAGGCAACUUCAGACCGAUCGGUGGUUCUCACUUUCGAUUGGGACCUGGAAGGCAUGUCCUGCCUUUCGGACGACUUCUCCCGGAUUUACCUUUAG